AUGGCCUUCGGGGUCCCAGGGUCCCAGUUCCUUCUGGCCCGAGCCUUCGUUUCUGCAUUAUGCACUGAGCUGGGCGAUGAGUUCCACCCGUUCAUCGAGGCGCUGCUGCCUCACGUCCGCGCCUUCGCCUACACCUGGUUCAACCUGCAGGCGCGGAAGCGCAAGUACUUCAAGAAGCACGAGAAGCGGAUGUCCAAGGACGAGGAGCGGGCGGUGAAGGACGAGCUGCUGGGCGAGAAGGCCGAGGUCAAGCAGAAGUGGGCGUCGCGGCUGCUGGCCAAGCUGCGCAAGGACAUCCGGCCCGAGUGCCGCGAGGACUUCGUGCUAGCCAUCACGGGCAAGAAGGCGCCGGGCUGCGUGCUCUCCAACCCCGACCAGAAGGGCAAGAUGCGCCGCAUCGACUGCCUGCGGCAGGCCGACAAGGUGUGGCGCCUGGACCUGGUCAUGGUCAUCCUCUUCAAGGGCAUCCCGCUGGAGAGCACGGACGGCGAGCGCCUGGUCAAGGCCGCGCAGUGCGGCCACCCGGUGCUCUGCGUGCAGCCGCACCACAUCGGCGUCGCCGUCAAAGAGCUGGACCUCUACCUGGCCUACUUCGUGCGCGAGCGAGAGGCUGAGCAGAGUGGCAGCCCCCGAGGGGGCAUGGGCUCCGACCAGGAGGACAGCAAGCCCAUCACGCUGGACACAACCGACUUCCAGGAGAGCUUCGUCACCUCCGGUGUGUUCAGUGUCACGGAGCUCAUCCAGGUGUCCCGCACACCCGUGGUGACUGGAACAGGACCCAACUUCUCCCUGGGGGAGCUGCAGGGCCACCUGGCAUACGACCUGAACCCAGCCAGCACUGGCAUGAGAAGGACGUUACCCAGCACUUCAUCCAGUGGGAGCAAGCGGCACAAAUCGGGCUCGAUGGAGGAAGACGUUGACACGAGCCCCGGCGGCGAUUACUACACGUCGCCCAGUUCUCCCACGAGUAGCAGCCGCAACUGGACAGAGGACAUGGAAGGAGCCAUCUCGUCCCCGGUGAAGAAGGCAGAGAUGGACAAGUCCCCGUUCAACAGCCCGUCGCCCCAGGACUCGCCGCGCCUCUCCAGCUUCACGCAGCACCACCGGCCUGUCAUCGCUGUGCACAGCGGAAUCGCCCGGAGCCCUCACCCAUCCUCGGCCCUGCACUUCCCCACAACGUCCAUCCUGCCCCAGACGGCUUCCACGUAUUUCCCCCACACGGCCAUCCGCUACCCGCCUCAUCUCAACCCGCAGGACCCGCUCAAAGAUCUCGUCUCGCUGGCCUGCGACCCAGCCAGCCAGCAGCCUGGACCGUUAAAUGGAAGCAGUCAGCUCAAAAUGCCCAGUCACUGCACCCCAGCCCACAUGCUGGCUUCGCUGCCCCCAGGGCUGCCGCGGCUGGUGCUCCCCCCCACCGCCAAACCCACCACCACCUCCGAGGGAGGAGCCACGUCGCCAGCCUCGCCCACCUGCUCUACGCCCGGCUCGGCCCCUGCAAACCGUUCCUUUAUGGGAUUAGGACCGAGGGAGCCCGCUUAUCAGGCACAGUCCUGGUAUCUGGGGUAACCAAGGUCUCCCCCGCGCCCCUCCGCCAUCGCCCCUGGACUCCCGGAGGGCAGCCCAGCCGGCCCCCGGCCCACGUUCUCUGUGGGAAGUUAGAACGAUCGAGAACACCACCCCGCUGCCUGGCCGCCGCAGGGCAGCUGACAAGAGACACACAGACCCGAGACUCAGAGGAGGGAGACUUUUAGCGAAGGAGAAGACCGUGGAACAGGACCAGAGAAGGCAAACAGGAACAAAAGCGGGAAAAGAUUUUAAAGAAACAAACACCGACAACCCCGCCCGCCCACCCACCCCACCGAGAAGACGCGGCGAGGUGCAGGGGCCGGGCUGCUGACCGGGGACCCAGAAACAAGGCCGGGGGGGCUGGUGCCUGACUGACUCAUCUCCGGGCUGCCUGCUGCUCUGAAGGACAGACACCCCACCAGGGCUCCCCCAGGCCCUGCCUGCCCAGAGACAGGUGAGCAAGCCCCGGCUGCCAUUCAGCUGGUGCGGCCCCCACAAGGACGUCCACCCGGCCCCCCACCAUGGGGUUUGCCAAAGAAGGGGGGCGGGCACACGUGGGCCACCCCAGUGAGGUGGCAGCCGGGGUGUUGGGCUCGGCCAGAGGCUGUCCCCCAAACCCCCCCCCUCCGCGUGCUCUUUUGGGACCCCGUCUUUCAGCCCUCGUGCCGUCCCCCCCAUGGCGGGUUUGGGAGGAGAAGUCUCUAUGCAAUUAACCCCUGGCACCCCGACAUCGGAGGCCCUCCUCCCCCUGCGCCCCGGAAGGGUCGUGUUGCACACAGCGGUGAGAAACGCACUUUCAAGGGGGUGCAGGGCCUGUAGGCCCAGAGCUCCUGGUUCUGUUGGGGAGGCGGGUAUCGGGACACUCUGGCCUGGGUGGGGAUGACCCCUCCCCCGGCCCGUGGGGUGGGGGGCAAGGAGCGAGUGGUUCUAAGUGCCUGAUUCCUGCCGCCCGCCCCCCUGUCCAGCUAGGACCGAGUGGCCGCGGUGUCCUCCCCUUUCCCCUCUCCCUCUCCCCCCGCAGCCCAGUCACCUCCCGUCUGGGACCGCCCCCCAUUGCUGUGCCCCCCACAAACCUGGAGAUGGGACCCUGAGCGGGCCCAAGGGGCGGAGCUGAGGGUCCCCCAGCACCCUGCCCUGCAGGGCAUAGGGGUCCUGGGGAAGCCGGUACCGCCCCCCCCCCCCCAGUGCCUUACAACCUGGAGUGACACCGUCCUGGUGCCCCCCAGCCCCCAGGGACCUCGGUUUGCACUUUCAUCUUCCCGGGGGCUUCUGGGAACAGGCAGGAUUGGGGUGGGCCUGGCUAGCCGGGAGAGGGGAUCCGGCAGGGGAAGCGGGGUAUGUGGGCUGAGGGUGCCAUCCGCUAAGCAGUUCUCUGUUGAGCAGCUCCAAAAACACUAAGCUGGGGAUACCCCAGGGGCCUGUCCCCAAGCCCCCCUAGGCUCGCCAUUUAGGGCGGGGGGCCGGGGGAGAGGUCCACCAUGUACCCCAGCCCCACUGACCUCCUGCACACCUGGCACUAAGGGGAUCGCUCCCCCUUCUUGGGUCCAGGCCAAAGCCAUCCCCAAGAACAGGCUGCCACCAUCCCCAUCUCCCAUCCGCUCUCCAGACCCCCUCCCCCCUUGAGGCCCCCACCCCCGCCACGGAACCAACGCUCUUCUCCCAAACCAGCUCCAGGGGCCCAGCAAGCCCCCUGCCGGCCUCCAGGUUAGACACCUCAGGCCAGGAGCCCUCUGGCCAUCCGUCCGCCCUCAGGGCCCCUCCAGCAGGUGGCCGCCCACUGGGGACCAAGGUGUGGGUCUGGGCAGCGGUGGGGGGGGGGGCGGCUCUUUGACCUGGAACCUUAUGGUGUCGGGGCGAGGGAUGGGGGGCUGCACUCUGGGGAGACCCAGUGGCUCCCCCUCCCCCGGGGACCGCAACGAGAACCAUCUCUUUACCUAACUGCAUGGUGCUUUGCAGAGACCUGGUGCUGCCCGGCUCCAGGGUGAGCCGGCAGCUGAUGCGACAUGCAUGGCGAUGACUGCGUAGCUCUGUCCCCCUCCCGCCCCCUGCCCCAGUCCUGUCCCUCCCUCCUCGUUUAAAAA